AUGUUCAAGGGGAUGUCCUCAGGUGUGCCCAAAUGCACUGACUCAUUUCAGGUGCUGCUUGCUCGUGUCACUGGAGGGCGCAGGCUGACCUUGUCCAUGUUUCUAUGGGGAGCUUGGGGAGAGGUGGUGUGUCCAGCUCUGCUCUUUGCCCUUGUGUGCUUGGCAGACCUUGCUGCUGUUGUUGCUCCGUUGGAUGCCAGCAAACCUGCCAGUGAAGGAGUAUCUUCAUCCAAGCCUCCUUUGCUGGAAGAAGAAUUUGGAAAGAUCGCAUUGGUACCAGAAGGACGCAGUUUUCGAAGCAACUGCCGCUCUGCAACUGCAGAAAUGCUGGUCAUUUCAAUGCAAGCUGUCCUUCGGGCAUCGUUGCUGGUAACUUUCCGUUUAGCCCAGCGGCAGCGACAUGCCAAAGUACUACCAUGA